GGCGGUGAGUGCUCCGGUGUCGGGUUCCCUCCUCCUCCCCCGGCCCGGGGGCCGCGGCCGAGCAGGGCCUCCCUCGGCACCAUGAGUGGAGGCGGCGGGCGGGUGUGCGACCUGUCCCGGCGCAACCCCCAGGAGGACUUCGAGCUCAUCCAGCGCAUCGGCAGCGGCACCUACGGCGACGUCUACAAGGCUCGAAAUGUGAACACGGGUGAGCUGGCGGCAAUUAAAGUAAUAAAACUAGAACCAGGAGAAGAUUUUGCUGUUGUACAGCAGGAAAUCAUUAUGAUGAAAGACUGUAAACAUCCAAACAUUGUUGCUUAUUUUGGCAGCUAUCUCAGACGAGACAAGCUAUGGAUUUGCAUGGAGUUUUGUGGAGGUGGCUCUCUACAGGAUAUUUAUCAUGUGACUGGACCACUUUCAGAACAGCAGAUUGCCUAUGUUAGCAGAGAAACACUACAGGGACUAUAUUACCUUCACAGUAAAGGAAAAAUGCACAGAGAUAUAAAGGGAGCAAACAUCCUUUUAACGGAUAAUGGACAUGUAAAAUUAGCUGAUUUUGGAGUAUCUGCACAGAUAACAGCUACAAUUGCCAAAAGGAAAUCAUUCAUUGGCACCCCAUAUUGGAUGGCACCAGAAGUAGCAGCAGUAGAAAGAAAAGGUGGCUAUAACCAGCUCUGUGAUCUGUGGGCAGUUGGAAUAACUGCUAUAGAGCUUGCUGAACUUCAACCUCCAAUGUUUGACCUGCAUCCAAUGAGGGCACUUUUUCUAAUGACAAAAAGCAACUUCCAGCCUCCUAAAUUAAAGGACAAAAUGAAAUGGUCCAAUAGUUUCCAUCAUUUUGUGAAAAUGGCACUUACAAAAAAUCCUAAAAAAAGACCUACAGCUGAAAAGUUACUACAGCAUCCUUUUGUUACCCAGCCAUUAAAUCGGAGUCUUGCUAUUGAACUUUUGGAUAAAAUGAAUAAUCCUGAUCAUUCCACUUACCAUGAUUUUGAUGAUGAUGAUCCUGAGCCUCUUGUAGUGCCUCAUAGAAUUCACUCAACAAGUAGAAAUGUGAGAGAAGAGAAGACACGCUCUGAAAUAAACUUUGGUCAAGUAAAAUUUGAUCCACCCUUGAGGAAAGAGACAGAGCCACAUCAUGAAUUUCCUGACAGUAGCGAUUUUUUCGACAAUUCAGAAGAAGUAUACUACACUGCAAGAUCUAACCUGGAUCUACAGCUAGAAUAUGGUCAUGGGCCUCAGUGUGACUACUUCUUGGGUGGAAAUAAGAGUCUCUUAAAAUCAGUUGAAGAAGAACUGCAUCAGCGGGGACAUGUGGCACAUUUAGAAGAUGAUGAUGACGCAGAUGAUGAUGCUAAACAUGCUACUAUGAAACCUAAAGUGCCACCUCCUUUACCACCAAAGCCUAAAUCCAUCUUUAUCCCCCAAGAAACUCAUUCUUCUGAAAACGAUAACCAAGGAACAAUCAAGAGAUGCCCAACAUCAGAGAGUCCAGCAAAAUCUGCAUCUCAGGUUCCACCCAGGCCACCACCCCCUCGGCUACCUCCACAGAAAUCUAAUGUUUUAGGUAAUGGAGUCAGUUAUGUACAAUUAAAUGGUGAACGAGAGGGAUCACCACAUCAACAGAAUGAAGUUAGAGACACUAAUUUUUCAAGGAGGGAAAAGAAGGAAAUACUGAAACCAAUUAGUAAUGGCCUUCCUCCCACACCUAAAGUACACAUGGGUGCUUGCUUUUCAAAGGUUUUCAAUGGCUGUCCAUUAAAAAUACAUUGUGCAACUUCAUGGAUAAAUCCAGAUACGAGAGAUCAGUACUUGAUAUUUGGUGCAGAAGAAGGUAUUUACACACUGAACCUCAAUGAACUUCAUGAAACAUCAAUGGAGCAGCUAUUUCCUCGAAGGUGUACGUGGUUGUAUGUCAUGAACAAUUGCUUGUUAUCAAUAUCUGGUAAAGCUUCUCAGCUCUAUUCCCAUAAUCUACCAGGACUCUUUGAUUAUGCAAGGCAAAUGCAGAAGUUACCUGUUGCUAUCCCAGCACAUAAACUUCCUGACAGAAUACUUCCAAGGAAGUUUGCCGUAUCUACAAAAAUUCCGGAUACUAAAUGGUGUCAGAAAUGUUGUGUUGUGAGGAAUCCGUACACGGGCCACAAGUACCUUUGUGGAGCACUACAGUCUAGCAUUGUUUUGUUAGAAUGGGUUGAACCAAUGCAAAAAUUUAUGUUAAUCAAGCACAUAGAUUUUCCUGUACCUUGUCCACUGAGAUUGUUUGAAAUGCUGGUAGUCCCUGAGCAGGAAUUCCCUUUAGUUUGUGUUGGUGUCAGUAGAGGAAGAGACUUCAACCAGGUGGUGAAGUUUGAGACUGUCAACCCAAACUCUACCUCUUCAUGGUUUACAGAAACAGACACUACAGAGACAAGUGUUGUACAUGUAACACAGCUGGAGAGAGAUACCAUUUUGGUGUGUUUGGAUUGCUGCAUAAAAAUAGUGAAUCUGCAAGGCAGGUUAAAAUCCAGCCGCAAACUGUCGUCUGAGCUCACAUUUGACUUUCAGAUUGAAUCAAUAGUCUGUCUACAAGACAGUGUGUUGGCCUUCUGGAAACAUGGUAUGCAAGGAAGGAGUUUUAGAUCAAAUGAGGUGAGUACUACAUUUUGCUUCAAACUCUAGCUUCUAAUAUAAGCCAGUGUCAGGAUACAGUAACUUCCUAGGUUAGACCUGGAAGCUGAAGUCUCAUUCUAAGCAUGUUUCAUAAGCUACAAACUGAUUAGUGAAGCUAUACGAUAGCCACUGUCAGGUUUAUGACAUACAAAACAAAGCAACGAGACCAGGCCAUGAUGCCACUGAAAAUAUCCAAGCCUAAUUCUUGGGAACAUUCAUCAUCUUCACCUUAAAUUUCUUUGAAGACCAAUGUCAGUCUCUUAGCCUCUUAUGAGUGGGUGCCAGAAUUUGGGCUCUGCUAAUGACUGCACACUCCACUGCUGAGCUUUAGCUUUUUGUCAGUGUUGAAUGAGUUGCCUGUUGUAUUUUAGUCUCUUCCAUGUUCCCUUGGCUUACAAAUACAUUGAAGAUUUUGGUGCCCAGCUUUCGCAAGUAUUUUUCAUUCUCAGGAGAAAAAUGUCAGAUUGAUCUAGAGUUUUUUUGGUUUGUUUUGGGUUUUAUUUUUUUGUUGGUUUUUUUUUAGUAAAAUGUGUGUAGUCUCUUUUUUCAGCCAGUUUGAGAUUUUUAGACAUAGUUAAAGCAUUAUAAAUACUUUCUCAAUCCCUUUUUUUUCCUCCUUGCUUCAAACCUUGUGUCUUUGUGUGUUAGUAGAAAUGCUUUGUAGGAUUGUAAUGUCUCUUAAUUCAGUUAUUAAAGAAUGUUUACAGACUUCACCAGUUUUUCACCAGUGUCACAUUGGCUGAGAAACUGAGCUUAUUAUGAGUGAUGUAUUUUAAUGUAUAUGUACAGUCAUACCAUGCCAAGCUUAGAUACUCCACAUUGUGAUACAGCUACAUUUAUUUGCACAAAGCCACAGUUGACCUCAUCUGUGCUGACAGUAAGCUGUUUUUUGUGGCAAGUUGGACCAAAGAUUAGAGUCAGACUACUUCUUAUUUCCAAGUCUGCAAAUGGUUCUUGUGGCAUCUGUGCAUGCAUGAUUGUCCUUCUCCCAAGAGCUCAUAAUGGUGAACUGCAGCACCCUGCUAUUAGCACAGACUAUGAGAAGGAGAUGAGCCUGCUAGGCACUUCUCCAACUCCAGACUUCCUGCAAGGCUCAGUGGAUUACUCCACCCAUUGGCACUCAGUAGCUCCGAUCCAGUUGUUAGAGGACAUGUCCCAGAGUACUGCAGAACAAGUGGAUGCUUUAUAUUGUUUAUGUAAAGCAUAAGGAACUGUGGCUUCUUGCUUUGUUAUUGUCAAGCCAAAGCCAGCACGUAGAUGAAGAACAGAAGGCAGAACUGAGCUGUUGUCAGCAAGCCACACAAAACUUUCUUUGUAGAACAUGUCUAGGGUAAGCUCUCAGGCCUUUUGAAAUUCCUCAUUUUUCUUGGUUGUCCUACCAGACACAGCUAUUAAGAAAAAAAACCCAACCAACUCCUUUUCAUCUCUAGCAUGGAAAGCCUGCAUUACCAGCCUCAGAUGGUGACCAUAUUUGUUACUUUUGGGGGCAUUUUAUACAAUGUUUUAUGUAGGGAGUGGUUACACAGGACAAAAACCUGACCAACCUAACUUUGCAGCAGGCUUGUCUUUGGUAAAAGUUAUUACUUCAGAUUUCCUAAUCCAGUAUCAGUUGGUCUAAUUUGGGAUGGUUCUUGCUGCUUGCAGUCAUUUCCUUCUACAACUGUGACAUUCCACAGUGGUUUGAUUGAAUGGAAAGAAUGAAACAGGGAAAUGUAUUAAUGCUGAGAUAAGAUGCUCAAAAUUUGGACCAAGAUUGUGCAGACUUAAACCCACAAAAGGGAGGAAGUAAUUUUCUUAAAGUGGGGAAUGUAAUUGUUGUGAAUUAAUGUUCUCUUGCAAGUUGUCUAUACCAGAAAUGAAUUGACUUAGCUACUAGGAUCUGGAAAGAUGAAUCUUUUUUUGUAAACACUGCUGCUUGUUCAUGAUGUGACUUGAUAUGCUUAUGAUUAUGCAUUGGGCUUCAGUUGACUUAUUGAUUAGCAUGAUGUUUUCUUUGGUGCUUCAGUAUUCAUUUGAGCAUAAAGAUGUAUCACAAGUACAGUUGGCCUGCAGUAAACAGCUCUACUGCAGUAGUCCGAAAUGUCAGAGUACUAUUUUCUUUUUACAAUAAGCAUAUGUACCACAAAUAAGAUUGUUUCUCUGUUAAGGUUUUCAGAAUAUGAACAUAUUGCAUUGUUACUGUAAUUCAGAAUUUCAACCAAAUGCAUUUUAUGUGUGAUUUACCUGCCCUUUCUGGAGAUCUACUGUAGGGUGAGACAAAUUACACCCUACAGCUACCUGUUUCAAUCAUGGCUGUAAAGAGAAUUGCACCAGGAGCUCAGAUACUGAGCUGACCCCUGCUGUUGUACUUGCAGUUGCUACAAGAGGAAUUCAUGUAACAUGGCAGAAAUUACAGAAAACUUUCAGAAUCACUUAAAAGUGAUAAUUGCAUUAAAUUCUCUAGCUGAUUUAAAUCAGCAGUAAAUUGGUAACCUCAGUUGUAGUCAGUUCUUAAGAUUGACUUUAAAA